GGCCGCCCAUGCUUCCGGGAGAGUGGCGUUGAGUUGUAGGAAUCCCGGUCUCCGCGUGUGUGUUUACAGCGGCGCGGGCUCGUUGGUACGGAGGCGCUGGCGCCGCGGGGCUGGAGACCCAAACAUGGCAACCCUGGAAGAAAGCUUCCCCCGAGGGGGUACAAGAAAGAUCCACAAAUCAGAGAAGGCUUUCCAGCAGUCAGUUGAACAAGACAACUUAUUUGAUAUUUUUACUGAAGAGGAAUCCACCAAAAGGAAAAAGAGCCAGAAAGGGCCAGCAAAAACAAAAAAGUUGAAAAUCGAGAAGAGAGAAAGCAGCAAGUCUACAAGAGAGAAGUUUGAAAUUCUUAGUGUUGAGUGCCUGUGUGAGGGAAUGCGGAUUUUAGGUUGUGUGAAAGAGGUAAAUGAAUUAGAACUGGUGAUCAGUCUCCCCAAUGGCCUCCGGGGAUAUGUGCAAGUAACUGAAAUCUGUGAUGCUUACACCAAAAAGCUGAAUGAGCAGGUGGCGCAAGAAGAACCUCUGAAGGAUCUACUCCACUUGCCUGAACUCUUCUCACCUGGAAUGCUGGUGAGAUGUGUGGUGAGCAGUGUGGGUAUCACAGAGAGGGGAAAAAGGAGUGUGAAGCUAUCUCUGAACCCCAAAAAUGUCAACAGAGUGCUGAGUGCUGAGGCCCUGAAACCCGGCAUGUUGCUCACAGGCACUGUGUCCAGCCUGGAAGACCAUGGCUACCUAAUGGACAUUGGUGUUGAUGGGACCAGAGCAUUUUUGCCACUGCCAAAAGCCCAGGAGUACAUCCGACAGAAGAACAAAGGUGCUAAAUUGAAGGUGGGUCAGUACCUGAACUGCGUCAUUGAAGAGGUGAAAGGCAACGGAGGAGUUGUUAGUCUGUCUGUUGGUCAUGCAGAGGUUUCUACUGCCAUUGCUACUGAGCAGCAAAACUGGACCCUUAAUAACUUGCUACCAGGACUGGUAGUCAAAGCCCAGGUACAGAAGGUGACUCCACAUGGCCUUACGCUAAACUUCCUCACGUUCUUCACAGGCCUAGUUGACUUUAUGCACUUGGAUCCCAAGAAAGCUGGAACAUAUUUCUCAAACCAAGCAGUCAGGGCCUGCAUCCUCUGUGUCCAUCCUCGGACCAGAGUCGUGCGCCUGAGCUUGCGCCCCAUCUUCCUGCAACCUGGGCGUCCACUCACCCGGCUGUCUUGUCAGCACCUUGGAGCUGUGCUAGAUGACGUUCCUGUCCAGGGCUUUUUCAACAAGGCUGGGGCCACCUUCAGGCUGAAGGAUGGGAUUCUGGCCUAUGCACGGCUCAGCCAUCUCUCUGAUUCUAAGAACAGCUUCAAACCUGAGAGCUUCAAGCCAGGGAACACUCACAAGUGUAGAAUCAUUGACUACAGCCAAAUGGAUGAACUAGCCUUACUCUCUCUGCGGACGUCAAUCAUUGAAGCUCAGUAUCUUGGAUAUCAUGACAUCAAACCUGGAGCAGUGGUAAAGGGCACAGUGCUAACUAUAAAGCCAUACGGGAUGCUGGUGAAGGUGGGCCAGCAAAUAAGGGGCCUGGUACCUGCCGUGCACCUGGCUGACAUCCUGAUUAAGAAUCCAGAGAAGAAGUACCACAUUGGGGACGAGGUCAAGUGCCGGGUAUUGCUUUGUGACCCCGAAGCCAAGAAGCUGAUGAUGACUCUGAAGAAAACCCUGGUUGAGUCCAAACUACCUGCCAUUACCUGCUAUGCUGAUGCCAAGCCUGGUCUGCAGACACAUGGCUUCGUUGUCAGGGUGAAGGACUAUGGCUGCAUCGUGAAGUUCUACAAUGAUGUGCAGGGACUAGUGCCCAAGCACGAACUUAGUGCUGAGUACAUCCCUGACCCGGAGAGAGUCUUUUACACUGGCCAGGUGGUGAAGGUUGUGGUGCUGAACUGUGAGCCGUCCAAAGAGAGGAUGCUCUUAUCCUUCAAGCUGUUGAGUGAUCCAGAGCUACAGAAAGAGCCUGCAGGACUCAGUCAGAAGAAAGGAAGAGUCAUUAACGUUGGGCAGUUGGUGGAUGUGAAGGUUUUAGAGAAGACCAAAGAUGGGCUGGAGGUGACUGUCCUGCCCUCCAACAUCCCUGCCUUCCUCCCUACGCCUCAUCUGUCAGACCAUGUCGCCAACGGGCCACUGUUGUAUCACUGGCUCCAGGCAGGCGACACCCUUCAUCGUGUCCUGUGUCUGAGCCGGAGUGAGGGGCAUGUUCUUCUUUGCAGGAAGCCAGCUUUGGUCUCCACAAUAGAAGGUGGCCAGGACCCUAAGAACUUCUCAGAAAUCCACCCUGGAAUGCUGCUCAUUGGUUUUGUGAAGAGCAUCAAGGACUAUGGUGUGUUCAUCCAGUUCCCCUCGGGUCUCAGUGGACUGGCCCCCAAAGCCAUCAUGAGUGACAAGUUUGUGACCUCCACAAGUGACCACUUUGUCGAGGGGCAGACGGUCGUUGCAAAGGUGACCAACGUGGAUGAGGAGAAGCAGCGGAUGCUGCUGUCGCUGCGGCUAUCGGACUGCGCUCUGGGGGACUUGGCCACCGCCAGCCUCCUCCUCCUGAGCCAGUGCCUGGAGGAGCUGCAGGGCGUGCGCAGCCUCAUGCGCAACCGAGACUCUGUGUUGAUCCAGACGCUGGCUGAGAUGACGGCAGGAAUGGUCCUUGACCUAGUGGUGCAGGAGGUGUUGGAAGAUGGCUCUGUGUUGUUCAGCGGGGGCCCAGUGCCUGGCUUGGUCCUGAGAGCCAGCAAAUAUCAUCGGGCAGGGCAGGAGGUGGAAUCUGGGCAGAAAAAGAAGGUUGUGAUCUUAAAUGUUGAUAUGUUGAAGUUGGAAGUCCUUGUUUCCCUUCACCAGGACUUGGUGAAUAGAAAAGCUAAAAAGCUGAAGAAAGAUAGUGAACACCAGGCGAUUGUGCAGCACUUGGAGGAGUCCUUUGCUGUUGCCUCCUUGGUAGAGACUGGCCACCUGGCAGCUUUCUCCCUGACCUCUCACCUCAACGACACCUUCCGCUUUGACUCAGAGAAGUUGCACGUGGGACAGGGUGUUUCCCUAACCCUCAAGACCACAGAACCAGGAGUGACUGGUCUUCUUCUGGCUGUUGAGGGGCCAGCUGCUAAGAGGACCAUGAGACAGACCCGGAAGGACUCUGAGACAGUUGACGAGGAUGAGGAAUUGGAUCCAGCUCUGGCUGUCGGGACUGUGAAGAAGCAUACUCUGUCUAUCGGGGACAUGGUCACAGGGACUGUGAAGUCCAUUAAGCCCACCCAUGUGGUUGUGACUCUGGAAGAUGGCGUCAUUGGCUGCAUCCAUGCCUCCCACAUUCUAGAUGAUGUUCCAGAGGGCACCUCUCCUACAGCCAAGCUGAAAGUUGGAAAGACAGUCACUGCCCGAGUGAUUGGUGGGCGAGAAAUGAAGACAUACAAGUUUCUUCCAAUUAGUCACCCCAGAUUUCUUCGAACCAUUCCAGAGCUGAGUGUUCGGCCAAGUGAGCUGGAGGAUGGCCACACUGCUCUUAACUCUCAUUCUGUUAGCCCUGUGGAGAAGAUUAAACAGUACCAGGCCGGUCAGACCGUGACUUGCUUCUUAAAGAAGUACAAUGUGGUGAAGAAAUGGCUUGAGGUGGAGAUUGCCCCAGACAUCCGGGGGCGAAUUCCCUUGUUGCUCACGUCUCUUAGCUUCAAGGUUCUAAAACAUCCAGAUAAGAAGUUCCAGAUUGGCCAGGCCCUGAGGGCCACCGUGGUUGGCCCGGAUUCCUCCAAGGCCUUCUUAUGUCUCUCGCUCAUAGGUUCUCACAAGCUUGAGAAAGGGGAAGUGGCCAUGGGCCGAGUGGCCAAGGUGACGCCCAACGAGGGGCUGACUGUGUCCUUCCCCUUUGGGAAGAUAGGAAGCGUCAGUAUAUUUCAUGUGAGUGACUCCUACUCUGAGACAACCCUGGAAGACUUCGUCCCCCAGAAGGUUGUCAGAUGUUACGUCCUGUCCACCGCAGAGGAGGUAUUGACUUUGUCACUGCGAUCAUCCAGAACAAACCCAGAGACAAAAAGCAAAAUAGAAGAUCCGGAGAUUAACUCCAUCCAGGACAUUAAGAAAGGGCAGCUCUUGAGGGGCUACGUGAGGUCUGUCCAGCCACACGGCGUGCUCCUCGGCCUCGGCCCCUCGGUUGUGGGUUUGGCCCAGUACCCACAUGUCUCCCAGUACAGCCCGUCCAAGAAAGCCCUUUAUAACAAAUACCUCCCCGAAGGGAAGUUGCUCACAGCCAAGGUCCUAAGCGUGAACCACCAGAAGAACCUGGUAGGGCUGUCGUUCCUCCCCAGCGACACUGGGAAGCCGGACGUGUUAUCUCCUCCCAUGGAACUGCCACUUUCAAAGCAAGAGGGGAGGAAAAUGGAGGCUGAGGAGAGAGACCAAAAAGGAGAAGAGAAGAAUCAGAAAAGGAAAGAGAAGAAGAACCAAAAGGGGCAGGCGGAGGCGCGGCUGCCCGGCAAGGAGAAGACGCAGGGCAAGCGGGGGCUGCAGACGCCCGCGAGUGAGCAGGAAAGAGUGAAUAAGAAGGCAAAGAAAGCCAGUCUGUCGGAGGAGGAUGACAGUGGCAUGGAAUUGUAUUACCAGGAAGGAGAAGAGGACAUGGAGGAGAUGAACGUGCUGCCCAAGGAGAAGCCGACCAAGCCAGCAGAAGCCCCCCGGCUGCAGCUGCCUUCGGGCUUUGCUUGGAACGUGGGCUUAGACUCUCUGACGCCGGCCUUGCCACCUCGAGGAGAGAGCUCAGACAGUGAGGAGGACGAGAAGCCACACCAAGCCACGCAGAAAAAGAAAAGCAAGAAGGAAAAGGAUUUGGAGAAGCAAAAGGCAGAGAAAGAGCUGUCCCGAGUUGAGGAGGCGCUGAUGGAUCCCAGGCGACAGCCAGAGUCAGCGGAUGACUUUGACCGACUCGUGCUGAGCUCCCCCAACAGCUCCAUCCUGUGGCUGCAGUACAUGGCUUUCCACCUGCAGGCCACGGAGAUCGAGAAGGCCCGUGCUGUGGCCGAGAGAGCGCUGAAGACCAUCUCCUUCAGGGAAGAGCAGGAGAAGCUGAACGUGUGGGUGGCGCUGCUGAACCUAGAAAACAUGUACGGCUCUCAGGAGUCCCUGACCAAGGUCUUCGAGCGGGCCGUGCAGUACAACGAGCCUCUCAAGGUCCAUCUGCACCUGGCUGACAUCUAUACCAAGUCAGAGAAGUUACAGGAAGCUGGUGAACUCUACAACCGGAUGCUGAAGCGUUUCCGGCAAGAGAAAGCUGUGUGGAUCAAAUACGGUGCCUUUCUCCUGCGGAGGAGCCAGGCCGGGGCCAGUCACCGUGUGCUGCAGCGAGCGCUCGAGUGCCUGCCUAGCAAGGAGCACGUGGAUGUGAUUACCAAGUUUGCGCAGCUCGAGUUCCAGCUGGGGGAUGCGGAGCGGGCCAAAGCCAUUUUUGAGAACACGUUGAGCACCUACCCAAAGCGCACAGAUGUCUGGUCGGUCUACAUCGACAUGACCAUCAAGCACGGCAGCCAGAAGGAAGUCCGGGACAUCUUUGAGCGGGUCAUUCAUCUGAGCCUGGCCCCCAAGAGAAUGAAGUUCUUCUUCAAGCGCUACCUGGACUAUGAGAAGCAGCACGGCACGGAGAAGGACGUGCAGGCGGUCAAGGCCAAGGCCCUGGAGUACGUGGAGGCCAAGAGCUCAGUACUGGAGGAAUAGGGGCGGGCUGGCUCCUCCAGGCUCAGGCAGCAGUGGGCCAGCCGCACCUCAGCGCCUGGGCACUCGGAAACCUGUGGCCUAAGGACUCUAUUUAAGUGCUGCUUUUUCUGCAGCAUCCCUGGGGAAUCCUAUCAGGAUGAAAAAGAAUUCGAGACUGCUUUUAAUUCCUCUUUGCUUAUUUUAAGUCCCAAUUUAUGUCAUCCUUUCCCUGUUCUGUGGCUGCUCAGUGGUUGCAGGCAACAGCCCCGGGACUCCCAUAAAAGCUGAGUGUCCCUCCUUCAGGGGAGUUCCCUGGGGAGCAAGGGCGGAUGGCCUGACUCCCAAGGAUCUCAUGAUCAGGCCCACCUUGUCCCUGGCAGGCUGUCAGUCCAGCCAGAGGGGGCUCGUAGGGUUCAGGGAGUGGGCCCUCGCCUAUGGUCUCAGAGUCUCUGGGCCUCCCUCAACCUCAGCCCGGCUAGUGCCUUCCGCCCUGUAGUGGAAGCUGUGAGGCUGGGACAGCAGGACACAGCCCAGAAGGGAAAAUUGGGAAACCUGGGCUGCAGGGGACUGCCACAGGCAUCGGCUUAAACUGCCGAUGAUGUCUCAACCCAGGCCCACCUUGGCCAGGUCACAACCUCUCUCCAUCUGGUAUAUUCCAGAGUUCUUGGAGGAUAGCACAGGCCCAGCUAGUUGUUGAAGCCAGUUCUUUUUUGGCUUAGUCCUGAGGGAAUUAAACAUUUUCUCUGGCAGAGC